GAGGAAGGAGGCAAACACGGCUGAUUAUUAGUUCCAUAGUCAGAGCCCGUCUACGGACAUUCUCUGGUUCAGUGUAGUUUAUAAACGCCGAGCAGGUCGCCGCCGUCGUCGUCUUGGAUCCUGGCCACAGGUUUUACAAACUUAAGAAUGAACUUUUUGUUGGAGACACUCCAGCUGAUAGUAUUGUCUAUCUAUUACAAUGUUGAGGCCAUCAUAAAAUGCAUUAUCCCAACAAAGAAAAAAGAUGUGACUGGAGAAAUAGUCCUCAUCACUGGCGCAGGCAGCGGGAUUGGGAGACUGAUGGCACUGGAGUUCGCUAGAUUGGAUGUGGCUCUUGUUUUAUGGGAUAUUAGUCAAGAAGGUAUGAAGGAGACUGCCCGUCUGACGAAGGAAAAAGGGGCCUCACGCGUUCACUACUACCUUUGUGACUGCAGCGACAAAAGUGAGGUGUAUCGAGUCGCGAAACAGGUUAAAAGAGAGGUUGGGGAUGUCCGCAUUCUCAUUAACAAUGCUGGAAUUGUGACUGGCAAGAAAUUUAUGGAUGCACCAGAUUCUCUCAUUGAAAAAACUCUUGAGGUCAACACAAUGUCACACUUUUGGACCUAUAAAGCAUUUCUUCCAGCAAUGGUAGACAACAACCACGGGCAUUUGGUCUGCAUCUCUAGUUCUGCUGGCUUGAUCGGUGUGAAUGGGCUGGCAGAUUACUGUGCUAGCAAAUUUGCUGCCAUUGGCUUUGCAGAGUCUGUUGCUCUGGAGCUGUUAGCCACAGGCAAAGAUGGGGUAAAGACUACAAUUGUGUGCCCUUACUUCAUCAACACUGGCAUGUUUGAUGGGUGCAGUACCAAGUGGCCCACCCUCUUGCCAAUCCUUGAUCCUGUGUAUGUAGCCAAGAAUGUGGUGAAUGCCAUUUUAACUGAACAAAGUUACCUACUUUUGCCAAGGAGCAUGAAUCUAUUAAUGGCCUUAAAAAGCUUUUUACCAUCCAAGCAAAGUGUCAUCUUGGGAAAGUACCUGGGUGCCUUUAAUUUCAUGGACACAUUCCAAGGACACCAGAAGAAACGGAAUUAAAGCUCCAAAUGGACACCUUUUAUCAAUCAAAAUACGGUGGGGGAAAUAAGUAUUGAAUGCAUCUUUUUUUUUCAGUAAGUAUAUUUCCAAUGAGACUAUUCACAUAAAUGUUCACCAAACAUUAGUAUUAACUCAGGAAAUACACACAUAUAAAUAAAUCCAAACAUUAAAGUCCAUAAGUAAUGUUAUGUGUAAUAAAGUGAAAUGUGAAAAAAGUAUUGAGCACACUAAGAAAAAGCAGUACAUCAAGGCUAGGAAAUAAAAGGAACCAGCUGAAAUCUAUUAGUAGUUAGAAUGUAAUUAUACCUCCUAUCUGUGCAAAUCUACUGAUGGGUAAAAGCAAAGAGCUCUCCCAAGACCUUUGCAACCUUAUUGUUGCAAAACAUAUCAAUGGAACUGGUUACAGAUGUUUUUCAAAACUUCAGAAUCUUCCAGUAAGCCCCUUUGAGACCGUUAUCUGCAAGUGAAAGGAACAUUACUGCAUCAUCAACUGGCCACACACAAGCUCCUCACAAGAUUUCUGACCAGAGAGUCAGAAGAAUAGUCGGAAGAGUAGCCCAGGACCCAAGGACCACUCACAGAAAGCUCCAGAAAGACUUGGAGGCAGCAGGUACAAUUGUCACAGAGAAAAUCAUAGGCAAUGCGCUCCAUCACCAUAGCCUUUAUGCACUCUAUCUAGCCUUUAUUUUUAUUUUUUAUUCUUUAUUAAGUAUUUAAGAAAUUUCAGUUUGAGCAUUCAAUGCUUUUUCCUAAAAAAAAAUAUUCACGCACCUUGGAUAUGUCCCCUUUUACUGCAAUUUUGGGCAGGAGUGAGUUCAGUGCCAAGUUUGAUGAUGUUUUGAUACGAAAUUCAAAAGGUAUUGUUAUAAAUAUUAAAAGAAGUACAUCAAGCUGUAGCCGCUGUGUCUGUGCGUUUGUGUGUUAUUCACAUAUCUGUCCUGCUCUAGGUAGAUUUGCACAUUUGCUAUUUUCCUUAAUCAUUCCUUAAUGAUGGAUUUCACUGAACUCCAAAGGAUGUUAACAUUUUUUGUUUCAAUACAUCCCCUCACUUACGCCUGUCGAUAACCUUUUCUCUGAGUUGUUUGCAGUGUUCUUUUGUUUUCAUGGUGGAAUUAUAGCCAGACAUACUGAUUGACCAGUGACUGGACCUUCCAAACGCAGGUGUCUAUAUAUUACUAUACUAUACACAUUCACUGCACUCAGGUGAUCCCUCUAUCACUAAUUGUGAGACUAUUAGCACCAAUUGGCUGGACUGUUGUUGAUUUAGGUCAGUCACUUUAAGGGAGUGUUCAUCACUUAUUUUGCAUUAUAUAUUUGUAACAUUACUUUGUAGAAAUUUGCUUUCAUUUUUACAUCUAAGAGGAGAUUUUUAUUAAAUUAUUGUAAAAAAGGCCAAAUUAAAUUGAAAAAGAUUCCAUUUAUUAAAGCGGUAAAAGGUGUCUGGUGGAAAUGUCAUGUGAAUUGUCUUGCCUCAUUGGAAAUAUACUUACUGAAAAAAAACAUUUGACGCGUUCAAUACUUAUUUCCCCCGCUGUAUAUUUUAUGAACUUAAGUUUAAAUGUGUAAUUUUACUAACUACCUCAUCAAUUAAACGACACCUAACAACCCCGUCCUGAAUUUAUCAAGCAAACACAGAUUGUGAUGGACACAUCACAAUUGUUUACCAUUGUCCAUCCAAUGUGAGCUAGUAAUAAUGUAAUGCAGUGUGGGGAUGAAUAGUGUCACAUUGCACCAUAUUUCAUACCCAUGUGCAGUAAAUAAAACAUGGUUUUCAUCA